GCACAAAGUUAUAAUACCCUUCUACCCUAUGGGUAGCGGGUAUAAAAAUGACCUGCAGCAUAAACGACAUGGGAGGUAUAUUACCACUGCCAUUUAAUACUGCUUACACUGCAUCAAAAUUUGGUGCCACCGGGCAUAUGAAGGCGUUGCGAAUGGAACUAGCUCUGGAAAAACAGCAUAACAUCCACGUCACCACGGUAAUGCCAUCGUUUCUGGACACCAACGAUGAGAUUUCUCAGAUGGUUCACGCAAUUAAAGCGGAUCGAGUGUAUCCCUUGAUUAAAUGGAAAUCGGCAGCUAAUCGCAUAGUUCGGGGAAUGCUCGCUGGGGAAAGGGAAAUAAAACUUCCCUAUUUUGUCGAUACCUUUCAUCGCAUUUUGAAGUAA